AUGCCAAGCAAGCGGCCAAUUAAAGCUUUUUAUAUUUCUAAGAAAAAAACAAAACUAAAUGGCUCACAUAAUACUCCUAGUUCACCGGUAACUCCAUCGUUUGCUGUAAUUGAUGAGAUUCAUUCUCCUGAUCCAGCGUCGUAUUCACCAUUUGGACGAAUAUCUCAAAUAUCAAAUUUUAGUCGACCAGAAAACUCAUGGAAUUCAUCAAAAAAAGCAUCAUCCGAAGACUCAAGUUUAUCUAAAAAUGACAUUGAAGAUGAAGAAAACAGUGAAGAAAAAGAUUACAAGACAUGGUUAUUUAUCAUUUUUGGUCUAUUAAUUGCUGCUUGCUUAGUUGCAGUAGCAGUCUUGCUAGCGGUUAUGAUUGCCAAUAAGAGCAAAGGUAAUAUCAGGUUGAUUUCUGAAGAAAAAUAA